UGCUCCACGCCCGCCGCGCCCGGGAACCUGUCACAGUACUACAAGCAUGUCGCAGACUUCUGCCACAAGUUACCAGAAAACCUAUCAAUGGAGGAAGGCGCAGCAGUUCAGCCGCUAGCCAUCGCCAUCCACAAAUUUUCGCAACUUCCUCUUAAAAUCACAUAUCUCUAUAUUAUUUCAGAUGUAGUGCAAUCUAGAUUGGAUAUAGCAAAGCAAUUAGCUGCGGACUACACGCUUCUUAUUAAAAAAGAAUACUCCGAUGAAGAGGUCGUGGAGAAGAUCAGGGCAGCUCUCGGCGGCAGACCUCGGAUUACUAUAGACGCGUGCGCAUUUCCUUCAGCACAACGUGUUUCUAUGCUGGUGACAAAAAAGGGCGGUACCAUUCUGAUAGUGGGAGUGGGAGACACUACCGUGGAGGUGCCGCUGUCAGGCGCGGUGCUACGAGAGAUAGAUGUCAAGGGCUCUAACAGGAUACUUAACACGUAA